UCCGUCCCGCCCGGGUUCGCGCCCGAGCUCUGCCUCUGCCCAAUCCCCCACUGCUUGCGGAGUCUGGGUAGGGAGGAGCCCGGAGCCGAGCUCCCCUUACACCGGACCCUGGGUGGGUGGAGAGGCCGCGCGCCGGAUUCCCUCCCCGCCUGGGGGCUUAUCCGCUCGGACUCUUCCCACCCCGCAAGCAGAAAAGAUGUGGGAUCAGGGCCAACCCCCUCUGGCAGUGACUCCAAGCCGUCAGCCCCACUGGCGGGACAGGAUGGCGGGUCCUUAGUCCCCUCUCCCUUCUGCACUGGUUCAGCCGCUGCCCCCGUGGCUUCAGUCCCGAUAUCUUCAACUUCCCUCUGACUCUCUCCACUUUGCUCCUCACACUCCCUCUGGUUUUCCUGCCGCCCUCUUCAGCGGUGGGACACGGGCUGGACCUGGGCCACCAGGUUUCAGCAGGUUGACAAGAGGGUGGUGCCUGCUGUGACUGGGGAGUGGAAGGAAGCAGUCCUCCUCCUUUCGCCCUGCGGCAACCUCUUGCCCAGAAACACCCUCCGUCCCACUGGCAGUUCCAGACUCUGAUAAAGGAGCAGGUGGGCGUGGGUAGGAGCACCUGGACUCCCAGCAGAGGUGACACAGCAGUUCUCGGAGCUCAAAUUCUGGGACCACCAGAGGAGCCAGAGCUGACAAAGAGGCUCCCCAGCUGACAUGGGGCCAGGAAUGACCCCCUCUUGCUGCCCCUUCUGGCAACUUCCCUGGGGCGAGAGAACCUGCUCCCCACAAGCACCCCCAUCUCAUCGUUGUGGGCAGGUGACUCUCGGAUGCCCUGCCCUUGGCUCUCCCUGGUCUCCUUGUCCGCGGACAAAACUCAAGAGUUCACCCCCAGUAGUGGGAACUGCAUCCCCUGCGGCUGCGCCUGGAAGCUGCUGGGGACAGGCUCUCGGGGACAGGACUAGGAUGGGGAUGGUGCCACCUGCUCCUGCUGCACUGGGCAAGCCAGGGGAUCGGCAGGAGGAGCUCUGCCAUCCAGGACAGCCACACAGGGCCAGGCCCCGCCCAUGGACCCUUGUCAGGAUGACCUGCAGGCCCCAGCAGGACUGCCCUCCUAAGCCGCAGAGGACUGGGGCACGCCAGGCUUCGGGAGGAGCGAUGGUAUUACGCAGGGUCCGGAUUGGGGGCACCUCCCAGCAGUGGCCUGGUCCGGGAGGCUGCAGCCAGCGUACAGGCUCAGUCAGCCUGUUGAAGGUCGUGCUGUUGCUCAUCAGCCUGCCGUGGGGGGCCCGGGGGUCAGCCAGUGCCAACCUCAGCAUGGCUCUAAGCCACACCGUGCCACUGCCCGGGGGCCACUACUUGAGCAUUGGGGAUGGCUCCGUGAUGGAGUUUGAGUUCCCUGAGGAGAGGGAGGGCAUCAUUGUGAUCUCAAGCCAGUACCCGGUGCAGGGCAACAGGACAGGGCCUGGUCCUGUGCUGAGGGCCUUCUCCCUGGACACAGAGGUGCUGACCAUCCAGAAUGUGAGCACCAUGGCCUGGGGCGGGGGUGGGGGCUUCGUGGUGAACAUCCGCUCCCGUCUGCCCGGGCUGGCCCCGCUCCGCCUCCAGCUGGUAGACCCCCAGGAGACCCCACCUAAGCUGAUCGAGGAGCAGAGAGAUUUCUGCAUCAAGGUCUCGCCUGCUGAGGAUCCGCCUGCUGCCCUCAGCACAGGGCUAGUCCAUUUCUCGGAGAACCCCGUUCUCUACCUGCUCUUGCCUCUUAUCUUUGUCAACAAGUGUUCGUUUGGGUGCAAAGUGGAGCUGGAGGUUCUGAGGGGGCUCCUGCAGAGCCCCCAGCCCGUGCUCCUGGGACUCCUGGGCCAGUUCCUGGUCAUGCCCUUGUACGCCUUCCUGAUGGCCAAGGUCUUCAUGCUGCCCAAGGCCCUGGCCCUGGGCCUCAUCAUCACUUGCUCGGCGCCUGGUGGCGGGGGGAGCUACCUCUUCAGCCUCCUCCUUGGAGGGGAUGUCACCUUGGCCAUCUCCAUGACAUUCAUCUCUACAGUGGCUGCCACUGGCUUCCUGCCAUUGUCUUCAGCUGUCUACAGCCACCUGCUCAGCAUCCACGAAACCCUCCACGUGCCUGUCUCCAAGAUCCUGGGGACCCUGCUGUUCAUCGCCAUUCCCAUAGCAGCAGGCGUGGUGAUCAAGUCCAAGCUCCCCAAGUGCUCCCAGCUGCUGCUGCAGGUCAUCAAGCCCUUCAGCUUCGUGCUGCUCCUGGGUGGCCUCUUCCUGGCCUACCGCAUGGGGGUCUUCAUCCUGGCGGGCGUCAGGCUGCCUAUCGUGCUGGUGGGCCUCACGGUGCCACCAGUCGGCCUGCUGGUGGGUUACUGCCUGGCCGCCUGCCUGAGGCUGCCCGUGGCCCAGCGGCGGACGGUCAGCAUCGAGGUGGGAGUGCAGAACAGCCUGCUGGCCUUGGCCAUGCUGCAGCUCUCCCUGCGCCGCCUUCAGGCAGACUAUGCCUCCCAGGCCCCCUUCAUCGUGGCGCUUGGCGGCACCUCGGAGAUGCUGGCCUUCGUCGUGGGCCACUUCAUCUACAGCAGCCUGUGGCCAGGCCACUAAGGCCCUGGGGCAAGCUUUCGCCACCCCACCUGCACACCCACCCACGGGCCCUGUGUACCAAAGGCCUUUAGUUCUCAUGCACUAUGCACUCGGAAAAAUCCAGGCUUAUUUUUUUUACUGUUUUGUAUUCUCCAGCUUUCAGGAGGCCACGCUGAUCGCAGGUGGGCCCCGCCCAGAAAAUAUACUUCAAUAAAAGAAACAAGCAA